ACUGUGAUGAUUCUACUCUUCAGCUAAAUGCAUCCCCCUGGGUUGAAGCAUAGCAAAUUGGUCUUAGGGCUAGAUUUUGCAAUGAUACCCUAUGGCAGGUAAGGAUCAGAUUUGAAUGUUAUCACAUGCAAUUGAAAAUUAGAAGCCAGGUGGAAGAUGGCGGCAGCGGAGACACUGACCUUCGGUCGCUUUCUGGGCCGAAGCCUCGAGGCCGCUGGGGGCCUCCCUGCGGCCGCCACGUGUUUUGGUGUGAAGACAUCGCCCUCGGGGGAGAAAAUUACCCACACUGGCCAGGUUUAUGAUGAAGAAUAUUACAGGAGGAUUCGCUUUGUUGGUCGCCAGAAAGAGGUAAAUGAAAACUUUGCAAUUGAUUUGAUAGCAGAGCAACCAGUAGCUAAAGUGGAAAGUCGAGUGAUGUCAUGUGAUGGUGGAGGAGGAGCUCUGGGUCAUCCAAAAGUAUACAUAAACUUGGACAAAGAGACUAAAACUGGGACUUGUGGGUAUUGUGGACUUCAGUUUAAACACCACCACCACCACUGAAACCAAUUCUCUUCUUUGGGCCUUGUAUAAUUCUUUGCAUGUAAGGAUUUUAGUGUUUUUUAGAAAAUGCUUAUUUAAGAAUCAUAACA